GUUUUUUUACAGUAGCAAGACAGUUAGAUAACUGUCUAUUUACGGUACUUCGAAGUUUAAACUGAAGUAAACGUCAAAAACAAAAAAAUUCUCAAUUCAAUUCGUUCGCUAUAAUUCCGCACAGUGUUUUUACAAAAAUUAAGUUUUCAUUAUUAUAUAAUAUCGAACAUUUAUGUAGUGUGGACGAAUGCGUUCGCGGAAUUUUUAAAUAAUUAUUGUAAAAAUAAUGUAAGAUAUUACGCGGCCUAGAUAGCAGAAAUUUUUGAAUCCAAUUAUCGAGUUUUAUCACGCAAUGAAUAAAUUAAGAAAUCUAAUCACCUAUUUAUCUUGAUAAAUAAUUAUUAGAGUGCGAUCGGUGCUAGAUUUACCUGUGAUAUUCAUUUUAAAGUGUUGGAAGCAGGCUUCGGUAUUUGCAUUCCUGCGCAUCAUGAGAAACUUGAACAAAAUUGAAUCCUGAGAUACACAAUGCUAUAUUGAAGAAAUGCCACGCCUCAAAUAUGGAUCCAUACUCCGCGUGUUUGUUAUUUUGGGUCUACUCUGCAUCUGGCUACAGAUAAUGCUGUCCGCGUCUAGUGUGUCUAUGGACAAAGAUGGCGAUAUACCAUUGGACAUAGCCACUAACCAAACUAACAUAAUUGAGUUAUACACAGAAGAGCUGAUGAACUACAAUGACACAUCAGAACAGGUCUUGGCGUUGGUACCACCAGAGCUUCACAAAUAUUUAACUGUGCACCAUAAGAAUAUUAGUGUUAAUGCCACAGACCGUACAGCACCAAAGAAUACGUCAGACAUACGAAGAGCCAUAGAAAUGAUAAAUGAAGCACAGACUAUAUACAAUGAAGAUAUCUAUGGCCCAGUGCAGAAUGACACCAUAAUUAUUGCUAUACAGGUACACACUCGUCUGACUUAUCUACGGCAUUUGAUAGUGUCGCUUGCGCAGGCGAAAGACAUAGAUAGAACGCUACUGGUGUUUUCACAUGACUAUUAUGAUGAAGAGAUUAAUAGUUUAGUUAGGAGCAUAGAUUUUACCAAGGUAAUGCAAAUAUUUUACCCGUAUUCAAUACAGACGCAUCCAAAUGAGUUUCCCGGGAUGGACCCAAACGAUUGUCCUAGGGACGCCAAAUUAGAAGAAGCUUUAAAACUAAAAUGCAAUAAUGCGUUGCACCCCGAUCUGCAUGGUCACUAUCGUGAGGCGAAGUACACGCAAACAAAACAUCACUGGUGGUGGAAAUCCAACAGGAUAUUCAACCAGCUGCAGUCCACUGCUGGUCAUACUGGCAUGGUAGUCUUUCUAGAAGAAGACCAUUAUGUAGCCGAAGAUUUUAUCCAUAUGCUCCAUUUACUGCGUGCAACAGCUGAUAAAACUUGCCCACAGUGUGAAAUACUCUGCCUCGGCACGUAUUUGAAGACAUACCAGUAUCAUAGUAACACAGAUAAGAGAAAGAAGAAUUUUAACCUAAAUUACAUUCAACAAGUGCGGGCUAUUAACGAAGAGAGAAGAAAGAGACUUCAGGAGACACAAUGGAACUACCAAGUUUAUCCAAAUCUGUAUUCUACUUCGCAAAAGGUCGAAAUAACUCCCUGGCACUCAAGUAUGCAUAAUAUGGGAAUGGUUUUCAACAAAACAGUGUGGAAUAAUAUAAUGGAGUUAGAACAACAGUUCUGUGCGUAUGACGAUUACAAUUGGGAUUAUUCUCUGCUUCAUUUAUCACAAAACCGGCCUGGCCGGGAGAAAUUCAAGGUUAUUUUAUGUAAGGGACCGAGAGUGUUUCAUAUUGGGGAAUGUGGGAUACACCAUAAGAAAUCGAACUGCAACGCUUCCACAGUUAUAAGCAAAGUACAGAAAUUGUUACAAAACGCAAAGAAAUAUAUGUUCCCGUCGAGAAUUAUCGCUACAAUUACGGCAGGGGGCGCCAAACAUAACAAAAAACUCACCAAGGGGAAUGGUGGGUGGGGGGAUAUACGUGACCAAGAACUUUGCACAAAUAUGACAAAAAUUGGGCGACAAUUCAGAAAAUACAUCUACUACGCAUAAUUCGGCUAUUACUGAAAAACACAUAUUUAUAAUUGGUACAGGUAUUUCAUAUGUAAUUUUUAUAUAAUUUGAAUGAUUUAUAAAUAGUAUUUUAACUGUUUAAAUAAUUUUGCCUUAAUUUUUCUAAGGUUUUUAGCUAUAAAUUUUAAUUAACAGCGAGAAUCAAAAUCUGUUAUAACAUAGGCAAAAGAAACUUCUUCGUCCGUUUAAAAUUACGUCAAUGUAUUUAAUAUGAUUACUGUCAGUUUCCAUCUACAAUAGUAUAUUUCAUGACAAGCGCGGAAAGCCUGUCAUUGCAAAGAAUUCUGACAAAUGACAGUUGACAGUCGGAACAAGUUGCUAUAUAUUGAAUAACUAUUUUUAAUACAGUUGCGAAAUAAUAAGGCAAUUUAAUAAAAUAAUAAAAACACAAUAAACACAACGCAACUAAUAAUUUAUUUCUUAUAAAAUUUAUAAUUCACAUAUAGAUUGAAAUUGGUACAGUUUUUGAUACUAACUGGAGAAGUUUUAGGUUGCAUAUAUGUAUAGGUAGUUUUCCAAUUAAAGCACUAGAGCGCAUUAUGCGGCACAAUGCUCGACAGAAAAUUGACUAGUGUUUUUUCAAAAUUAUCGUUAGUAAUAUUAUUUAUUGGUGAAAAAUUUAUAUGGCUUCGUUACGUUUCGUCGUAGAUUUUGGAAAUAAUCAAAGUUAUUUCAAACUGCUAAAAAUAUAAAUAUAAUGGCUCAAAUGCUCGGAACAUUCGAUAAAUCAUCGUCAUCACUAUCAUUUGGAUAAGAUGAUUCAAUUAAAUAAUUUAUUUAGAAAUCAUUUUAAAAAAAUCCAACACUGUACUUAGCGCACUACAUGAAAACUAAUUCACGUUCCAAUUAAGCUUCAACAUAAUUCGGCAUUGUGCGCCACUGAGUCGCAUUAUGCUCUGUAAUUGGAAAACUACCACUCUGUUUGAGACAAACUAUUAUUCAUUUCGUGUAUUGUGUGUAAUAUAUAAUAUAACAAAGCAAAUAACAUUUUUGGAAAAUGGCGCUAACUGUAAAAGAAUAUAAGCAAAGUUUUUUUGUUUUCUUCACCCUUUCUGGGUAAGCAAACAGAACUAUACAUAUAUAUAACUAUAUAACUAAGUCUUUUUAUCGAUUUAAAAU